AUGACUUCCCGUGUCACAGUUCAACAGGUUAUGGGCCGCACUUCGGCUUAUAUUAAUCUUACUUCCUCUGAAAAACUCACUCCUCUCAACUAUCAUGUCUGGGCUACCAAGAUCCUUUUGGGUCUUCGUGCAAUGAAUAAUGGUGUCCACCUUUAUGUCGAAGCUGGUACUGUCAAUCCAGCUGCUAAUGAAUCCCUCGAAGACCUCACCGCCUCGCUUGACACCGUCGUCCAUGAUGUUAUCCUCAACAAUAUUUCUCCUGAGUUGAUCGAACAUGUUAAUGAUGUGGCCAUUAGAGGCCGUGACCUCUGGCUUUAUCUUCAUCAGGAGUAUAGUCAACUUCAACCCGCCGAUGUCAUCUCACUUAUGAAAUCCCUCUAUGCUGGCAAUAUUGAUGUUGGUCCAAAGUUUGUUUCUUCUGUUCGUUCUUAUGUUGCUACAUGGCGUUCCAUCUACCAAUCAUUGUCGCCUGAUUCGGUUGUGGCCUUCAACGCUUUGGCCUCAAUGGGUCCCAAUUGUGAGCGCUUCAUCCAGUACGCCUUGGAGCACCGCUUUGAUAGUAACAACAAUACUGACAACCUUGAUAUCAACAACUUCAUCCGGAACACUGAUAAAUGGGCCAAGUUGUUGAAGAUUACUGACCCUCCAGCUACUCUUUCGACUGAAGCGUUCGUUGCUUCAUCAAAGAAGUACAAUAACAAAUCUAAGGGUGAUGGUAUUAAAUGUUUCCGUUGUAAGAGGCGUGGUCAUACUUCCAACAAUUGUCAUGUCUCUUGGGAAGAGGUUCAGGCUGCUCGCCAAGAUAAUAAGGAUGACAAGGAAUCUAAGGAGGCUAAAACCUCAAGAGGUUGGUUUGCUGAGACUAUUGAUGAAUUUUCUGAGAUAGUUGAUGAUGAUCCAUUUGUGAGUUCCGCUUUUGUGUCCGAGACAUCUGUUGUUUCUGAAAAGUUUCGUAACAGUUGCUCCGAGUCGUUUGAUGAUUUGGAAUCCGAACUUUUGAUUCUUCUGAGCCGUGUGUCGGCGAUGAAGAUUGUUUUGUUGGUCAAGUUUCUGAGUAUUGUUCAAACUCAGGACUUGAUAUUGAUUCAGUUGGUAAACCGUUUGUUGGUUCCACUGAUGAUUCUUGUUUUAUUUCUGAACCUCACAUUUGCAAUAACAUCUCAUAUUUUUUCUCUUCGUCCCACUUCGGCUACCAUUCGUGGUCUUGGUUCUGCUACUGCUGAGGGGGUUGGCGACAUUGUCGUUGAUCUUCUUGGUAAAGAUGACCAGCCUUGUGACCGCGUUGUUCUUCGAGAUGUUUUAUAUGUUCCUAAGAUUCCUCGCAAUUUAUUUGCUGCUCGUCGAGCUACUGCUGGUGGUUGUCGGUUCAUUCAAGACCUUAACCAUAUUUCUGCUGUCGAAAAUGGCAAAACUCGAGUCCACGCCAUUGCCAUGGGUGACUUGUACUUUUGUCGUUUCCGAGUUGUUUUGCCUUCCAAGCCAGUCCAUGAGGUGUUUGCUGUUGAGUCGUCUGCCAAUCUUUGGCACAAGCGACUUGGUCACGCCAGUGUGGACGUUCUCAAGAAAUUAUCUAAGUCACUUUCUGUCAAGCCUACUCAUUUUGAGGUUGUGGAUAGUCAUAAGUGUGACGCUUGCUUGGGUGGCAAAGCCACAGCAUUGCCAUUUAAUGGUACCACAGAAAAAGCUAGUCGUCCUUUGGAAUUAUUUGUUUCUGAUUUGAGCGGUCCUCAUGUCGCUACCCCUGUGGGUCAUCGUUAUGUCUUAACCAUUAUGGAUUAUUAUUCCAGGUACUCUUAUGUGGAGUUGUUGGUUAGGAAAAGUGAUGCAAGUCUUGCCAUUCGUAAUUUUAUUGCUAGGUGUGAAUCUUAUUUUUCUGGUGAUUCUGCUGGUGAUCGAGUUGCAUAUUUUCAUUCUGAUAAUGGCGGCGAAUACAUUUCCAAAGACCUGGAGCAGUUCUUUGUGUCUAAGGGUAUCAAGCAUACUUAUACAGUUCCUCAUACUCCUCAGCAAAAUGGUGUUGCUGAGCGAUUGAAUCGCACAUUAUUUGAAAAAGCCAAGUCUAUGCUUUUAUAUGCUCAUGCUCCUGAGUAUUUAUGGGGUGAAGCUGUCAAGUCUGCUAAUUAUAUUAGGAACCGUCUUCCUAGUCGUACCACUGGUGGUGUUGCACCUCUUCAACUUUGGACGGGUAAACCUCCUAGUUAUCACCAUAUGAAAGUAUUUGGUUGUCAAGCUAUGUUGAGCAUGCAAUGUUGUCGCAAACUAGUGCAGUUGAUAAUGCACGUGAGUUUGGGUGGGAAACUAUGGUUGACAAUCUAUGUUUAUUUUAGUUACAGCCGCAUUAGGUUUAAGCCCUUAUGUGACUGUGGUUACCCUCCUUAA